AUGUACCAAAUCACAUCAAACGGUGGGAAUCUUGCACCCGCCGAAUUCGAUUUCCGUAGCGAUAUAGUGACUGUCCCAACUCAAGAAAUGUUGGACGCCGUUUUGACCACAACUUUCAAGGACGACGUGUACCGAGAAGACAAGAUGACCGAAAAUUUUCAGGCAGAGAUGGCAAGCUUGACAGGACAUGAGGACGGCAUUUUCAUGCUCUCUGGAACAAUGAGCAAUCAGCUUGGGCUCCGAGCACUGCUCAUGCAACCGCCGUACUCUGUUCUCACUGAUUCCCGUGGGCAUAUCGUCCACUAUGAGGCAGGUGGCCUGGCCAGCUUGACUGGGGCGAGUCUACAGCCCGUUCUCGCCAGUAAUGGAAAGUAUCUGACCUUGGAGGACAUCCAAGCCAAGGCGAUAUUAGAUGAAUAUGUCCAGUACUCUCCUACAAGGGUAAUAUCGCUCGAGAACACGCUCAAUGGACUUGUCAUGCCUCUUGAAGAAGUGCGCAGAAUUUCGUCCUGGGCUCAUCAGAACGGGAUCAAGAUGCAUCUGGACGGAGCUCGCCUUUGGGAUGCCGUUGUUGCUGGGGCCGGAAGCCUCUUUGAAUAUGCUCAAGAAUUCGACACUGUGAACCUUUGUUUCUCGAAGGGUCUUGGAGCCCCCCUAGGAAGUGUGUUGGUGGGAAGCAAGAAAACAAUUGCGGCAGCCAGGAAAAUCCGACAAAGUAUUGGAGGAGGCAUGCAUCAGGCAGGUGUACUCACUGCUAUGGCGCGUGUCUCUGUACGAGCCACUUUUGGGACUGGGGCUGACGGGAAAGGCUCCCUGCUGGCGAGGUCCCAUCAAAAUGCUCUGCACAUUGCAGAACUUUGGGUCAGAUCUGGUGGAAAAUUGCUUGGCCCGACAGAGACCUGCAUGGUGUUCUUGGAUAUCAAAGAUGCUGGCAUCUCGCGAAGCCGUCUGGAGGAACUAUCCGCACAACACGGAUUGGUGAUAAAGAAUGAGAGACUUGUCGUGCACUACCGUGUGUCACUCAAAUCCAAAGUCGAUGACUUUCCGCUGACAACUUCGCAGAAAUUUCCGAUGAAGCUAUCCGUAGAGUCGAAAGUUUAUUCGCAGCUAUCUUUGAAAGGACGAUGUCAACGGAGGUGA